CUGGAAGUGUCUUAAUAUUUUCCAGAACGGUUGUUCCUCCACGUUCGCGUUGUACAUCUCGCUUUGCGGUAGUUAUCGGUGCGUUUAUAUUUCGACGGAGCUAACGUGAAGGAAUUUUCCGCUUGAUUUUAGUCUGGACAGCAGUCUGCCAAUACAGCACCCAUAACCAUCGACUGCGAAACGCAAUUCGAGCUCACAAGUAAACCGCUCGUCGUCCCAGCCGUUCCUAACGCUGCAUAUUCCGCUGCAACAAACCAAGGUUAAAAAUAAACUCCUCCAAAGGCAAUCUUCGAUUUUCAUCCCUAUUGCACAAGAAGAUAUAUUAGUCCGAGAUCAGCGCUGUAGUUUCAAAUUUCGGCACCAGCUGCGUGGAGGGUGAAUAUUUGUGGUAGGAUUUACUAGAUCUACUUUUUGUGAGAUUAAUGGCGGAGACGUGGCAAGGGCCACCUAAACAAGGCUUGUACGACCCAAGUUUCGAAAAAGAAGCCUGCGGAGUCGGAUUCAUUGUUGCCAUCGAUGGAAAACGCUCGCACAAGAUUGUUCGCGAUGCACAGCGUCUUUCAACUUCCAUGAACCAUCGAGGCGCCUGUGCCUGCGAUAACGAUACCGGAGACGGAGCUGGUAUUUUGGCAGCAAUACCUCACGAUUUUUAUGCAGCCCAACUUAAGGAUUCUGAUAAUAUUCAACUAUCGCCAUUCGGUAAAUAUGCGACUGGCAUCAUUUUCCUCGAUAAACUUCACCAUCAAGAAUCCGAGGCCAAGUUCGGAGAACUCGCAGAAGAACUUGGAUUGUCGGUGCUUGCUUGGAGAACUGUGCCAACCGAGAGUUCUGUCAUUGGCACGAUGGCGAGAAAUUCGGAGCCCUUCAUGAGACAGGUGUUCGUAUACUAUAAUGGUGGUGACAUAACGGAUGAAGAAUUAGAUACACAGUUCUUCGUACUAAGGAAGAGGUCUUCGCAUGUCAUCCCAGCACCAGGAAAACGUUUUUACAUCUGCUCGUUGAGCAGACGAAUUAUAGUUUACAAGGGCCAACUGACAUCCGAUCAGUUGUGGACUUACUUUACCGACUUGUGUGAUCCCUUGUUCGAGACUUAUUUGGCAUUGGUCCACACGAGAUUCUCCACUAACACAUUUCCUAGUUGGGAAAGAGCACACCCCUUGAGGAUGUUAGCUCACAACGGCGAAAUAAAUACUCUUCGUGGAAAUGUUAAUUUCAUGAAGGCCAGGGAAGGUGUAAUGGAAAGCGACGUCUUCGGUCAGUCAUUACAAUCUCUCUAUCCCGUCGUCGAACCUAACUUGUCGGAUAGUGGUUCCGCGGAUUGUGUGCUCGAAUUUCUUGUGCACGCAGGCAAAAGGAGUCUUCCAGAAGCUGUAAUGACGAUGGUUCCAGAAGCUUGGCAGAAUGACCCUACGAUGUCUGAGGAGAAACGAAAUUAUUACCAUUGGGCUUCUUGCAUCAUGGAACCAUGGGACGGACCAGCACUGAUUUCGUUUACAGACGGUCGCUACAUUGGUGCAAUCUUGGAUAGAAAUGGCCUGAGACCUUCCAGGUUUUACCUUACCAAAGAUAAUAUUAUGGUCAUGGCUAGUGAGGUUGGCGUUUAUGACGUUGAUCCAUCAGAGGUUAUUUUAAAGAGUCGUUUGAAACCGGGAAGGAUGCUUUUGAUUGAUACAGAAGAAAAAUCAUUUAUACAGGAUGUAGCUUUGAAGCAGACUAUCGCUAAAUCACGUCCACAUACAGAGUGGCUCAAAGAACAGAUGAUUACCAUGGAUGAUUUUCGGAAGGCCCAUUUGGAAGCCGGUCAUUCGCUGGAUGCCGAAUAUCAGCCCAGCGGCUUAGCCGACCAAAGGUUGUCGCUGUUUAACUAUUCAACUGAAACCAUUUAUAUGCUCCUUCUUCCGAUGAUUCAAAGCAAAAAAGAAGCGCUGGGUUCAAUGGGCAACGAUGUGCCGUUAGCAUGUCUCUCUCAGUUUACACCUCUUCUUUAUGAUUACUUCAAGCAGCUCUUCGCGCAAGUUACAAAUCCACCUAUUGAUCCAUUUCGUGAAAAAGUUGUUAUGUCUUUGCAAUGUCCGAUAGGUCCAGAAGCUAAUAUCUUGCAACCCAGCUCUAAACAAGUGCAUCGCUUAUGGUUAAAACAACCUAUUCUGUCCAUUUCUGACCUGAAUGUAUUGAAAUUAACAAACCACCGGAACUGGUCAUCGAAAAUCAUUGACUUGACCUACCCUGCAGAAGACGGUCCGAAUAGAAUGGUCCCGCGUCUUAUGGAAAUCUGUAAAGAAGCAGAAGAAGCAUCUGAAAAACACCAAAUAAUAAUAUUGUCCGAUCGUAAUGCCGGUCAAGAGAGGGUACCAAUCAGCUGCUUACUCUCCCUUGGUGCCGUACAUCAUCAUUUAAUUGAAACUAGAUCUAGGAUGAAAGUAGCUCUGAUCGUAGAGUCGGCGGAGAUUCGCGAGGUUCAUCAUAUUUGUGUACUGCUGGGUUAUGGAGCAGAUGCGAUUUGCCCAUAUUUAGCAAUGGAAUUAGCGAGGAGUUUAAGAGAGAGCGGUGUCUUGGACGCGUCAUUUACAGAUGAAGUUAUAUAUGAGAAUUAUUCACAGGCCAUGCAAACGGGAAUCAGCAAAGUUAUGGCCAAAAUGGGUAUCUCCACUCUGCAGUCUUACAAGGGCGCUCAAAUUUUUGAGGCCGUCGGUUUGGCAGAUGAUGUCAUCGACAAAUGUUUUAAAGGAACCCCAUCAAGAAUUGGAGGUGUUACUCUUGACAUGCUGGCAAUGGAAAGUUUUGAACGAUACAAUAAUACCUAUAAAUUAGCUCCAGACCGUUUGGUACUCAGAGACAUCGGUAAUUUCCAUUGGCGAGCCGGAGGUGAACAACAUUUAAAUCAACCGGAAAGUAUUGCUGCAUUACAAAUAUCUGCACAGACUAAAAAUGAGAAUGAUUACAAGAUGUUCCAAGAAUCAACUAUGCAAUCCGUUAGAAAUUGCAUGCUUAGAGGCAGACUUCUAUUAAGAACUUUAGAUCACCAACUUCCAUUGUCCGAAGUCGAACCCGCCUCGGAAAUUGUGAAGAGGUUCGUGACGGGGGCCAUGAGUUUUGGUUCAAUCAGUAUAGAAUCACAUCAAACUUUAGCUGUAGCAAUGAAUAAGAUUGGAGGGAAAAGUAACACUGGUGAAGGUGGCGAGAAUCCGGAAAGAUAUUUGGACAACAAGAGCAGAUCUGCAAUAAAGCAAGUUGCAUCCGGUCGAUUCGGGGUAACAUCAUCAUACUUAGCACAUGCUGAUGAUAUCCAAAUCAAGAUGGCACAAGGCGCUAAACCUGGUGAAGGCGGAGAGUUGCCGGGAUAUAAAGUUUCUGCAGACAUUGCAAAGACUCGUCAUUCCGUCGCCGGCGUUGGUUUGAUAUCGCCACCUCCUCACCAUGACAUAUACUCAAUUGAAGAUUUAGCCGAAUUAAUUUACGACUUGAAGUGUGCCAACCCAGAAGCUAGAAUAUCUGUUAAGUUGGUUUCAGAGGUUGGCGUUGGAGUCGUUGCAUCUGGUGUUGCCAAAGGAAAAGCAGAGCACAUUGUUGUAUCUGGACAUGAUGGGGGAACUGGCGCUAGCAGUUGGACUGGCAUCAAAAGUGCAGGUUUACCUUGGGAACUUGGAAUUGCUGAAACGCACCAGGUGCUUGUACUUAACAAUUUAAGAUCCAGAAUUGUCUUACAAGCAGAUGGUCAAAUAAGAACAGGUUUCGAUGUGGUAGUUGCAGCUCUAUUGGGUGCGGAUGAGGUGGGUUUCAGUACGGCUCCCUUGAUUGUCAUGGGUUGCACUAUGAUGCGAAAAUGCCAUCUAAAUACCUGUCCCGUUGGUAUAGCAACACAGGAUCCCGUACUCAGAAAGAAGUUCAGCGGACAACCCGAACACGUCGUGAACUACAUGUUUAUGUUAGCGGAAGAAGUACGACAGCAUAUGGCCUCACUCGGUGUUCGCACGUACCAAGAAUUAAUAGGACGCACCGAUCUCCUCAUGGAAUCGAAUACAGGCAAUUCGAAAGCGAGAACAUUGAAUCUAAAUUUGAUUCUGCAGAACGCUUUACAUUUAAGACCAGGGGUAAAUAUUAAAGGUGGUUCAAUAACGCAAGAUUUCCAACUGGAACUACGUUUAGAUAAUGAAUUGAUUGAACUAUCUCAACCGGUUAUUGACGGAACUGAGCCAACGGUUGACAUACAUAUGAACAUUACCAAUGAAUGUCGUGCUUUUGGAAGCACACUCAGUUAUCACAUUUCUAAAAAAUACUACGAAGAUGGAUUACCAGAUGGUCAAACAAUUAAUAUAAAUUUAACAGGUUCCGCAGGACAGAGCUUUUGCGCUUUUCUAGCCAAAGGUGUUACGUGCACAUUAGAAGGAGAUGCCAAUGAUUACGUUGGCAAAGGUUUAUCUGGUGGCACCAUUGUUAUAUAUCCACCGAAAGUAUCUCCAUUUGAAUCGCACAUAAAUGUUAUUGUUGGAAAUGUAUGUUUGUAUGGUGCCACUUCUGGAAAAGCUUUUAUGCGAGGAAUUGCGUCUGAAAGGUUUGCUGUUAGAAACUCUGGAGCCGUUGCUGUGGUUGAAGGAGUAGGAGACCAUGCAUGCGAAUAUAUGACUGGUGGCGUUAUUUUGAUCUUAGGUUUGACUGGCAGGAAUUUUGCCGCUGGUAUGUCUGGCGGGAUUGCAUACGUUUGGGAUAUUGAUGAUACAUUUGAAAGCAAAUGUAAUUUGGAAUUGGUGGAACUAUCCAAGUUGGAGGAACCCAGCGAUUUACUGCUUAUCAAGGAAUUAUUGACAGAAUUCAUUGAACAAACUGGAAGUGUUGUCGCUCAAGAUAUUUUGAAUGAUUUUGAAAAUAAGAUGAAACAAUUUAUUAAAGUUUUCCCAUACGAAUAUCAACGUGCACUAAAACGGGCAGCUAUCGAGCAGAAAGUUAACAAUAGCGUGAAAAUUCAGAACGGCAAUCACGAACCUAAAAUCAUGGACAUCGAGGACGCAAUUCCAGAUCAGCAUGUUGAAAAAAGGAAGGCGGAACGUGCUCUCGACAAAGUUCGAGGAUUCAUGAAAUACCCUCGAGAGACUGGCUUGUACAGGCCUGCCGAGAAGCGGAUGAAAGAUUGGAAUGAAAUUUACAAUUUCCAACAUGUUCGCAAGGGUUUGAGGGUACAAGCUGCUCGCUGUAUGGAAUGCGGUGUACCUUUUUGUCAAUCUAAAACCCACGGAUGCCCAUUAGGCAAUAUCAUACCAAAGUGGAAUUUACUAGUUUUCCAAAAUCAAUGGAAGCAAGCUCUGGAUCACUUGCUGCAAACGAAUAAUUUCCCAGAGUUUACUGGUAGAGUUUGUCCUGCGCCAUGCGAAACAGCCUGCGUACUUGGUAUAUCGGAACCUUCGGUUACCAUUAAAAAUAUUGAAUGCACUAUAAUCGAUUAUGCGUUUGAAAACGGAUGGAUUGUGCCACAGAUACCAUCAAUAAGAACAGGAAAAACGGUUGCAAUCGUUGGCUCCGGACCGUCCGGCUUAGCGUGCGCUCAUCAAUUAAACAAAUGUGGGCAUUUGGUGACAGUCUUUGAGAGAAACGAUCGUGUUGGUGGAUUACUUCAAUAUGGUAUUCCCACGAUGAAGCUGAGCAAAACCAUAGUUCAGAGACGUGUCGAUCUGUUAACUGCGGAAGGAAUAAUCUUCAAAACAAACGUUAAUAUUGGAAAAGAUAUUUCUGCUAAAGAUUUAAGUGAAGAGUAUGAUGCUGUUGUACUUUGCACAGGUGCAACUUGGCCAAGAGAUCUUCCUAUAAUGGGUCGCCAAUUGAAGGGCGUCCACUUUGCUAUGGAAUUUCUAGAAAACUGGCAAAAAAAACAGAUGGGAGUACACAAAGAUGGUCCCCACGCCAAGGAUAAGAAUGUAAUUGUUAUCGGCGGUGGUGACACUGGAUGCGACUGCAUCGCAACAUCACUUCGACAAGGAGCAUCGUCGAUCGUCUCUUUAGAAUUGCUACCAGAACCGAUGCACGAAAGAAGCAAAGAAGUCCCGUGGCCACUGCUUGUAAGAUUAUUCAGGGUUGAUUACGGUCAUGAGGAAGUUAAAGUUCGACAUGGAUCUGAUCCCAGAGUGUUUGACACAUUGACAAAGGAAUUUAUGGAUGACGGCAAAGGUAAUGUUUGCGGCGUGCGUACAAUUAAUGCUGGAUGGAAAAGAGAUGAUACUGGAUUAUGGAAGAUGAAUCAGAAGGAGAGUACCGAGAAAAUUUACAAAGCCGAUUUGGUCCUUUUGGCUAUGGGUUUUGUUGGACCGGAAAGAGUUAUUGCUAGAGAGUUAGAUCUGACAUACAGCGCCUUAUCCAGCUUUGAGACAAAAGAUUACAAAACCAAAGUGUCCAAUGUUUUUGCAGCCGGUGAUUGCCGCAUAGGUCAAAGCUUAGUUGUUAAAGCUAUAGCGGAAGGAAGACAAGCUGCCAAACGAGUCGAUGACUUUUUGAGCAAUGGCCAGUCUGCUCUUCCCGGACCUGGAGGGAUUAUCCAACCUAAUCCGAUUCAUUGUGAAGCUUGAACACCACAAUAUUUUAAUUAUUAUCAAUUGUAUUAGUUACCGAAACACAGAAUACGUGAAUAGUAUAAAUGCAUUUGAAUUAUUGCCUAGUUUAGUGAUGUUGGCUAAUAUAUUAACUUUCUAUUGCUGUUACAAUGUAGAUUGGCUGGAACGACAGUAAAAUGAUUUCUUCUACUUCUUGAAAUAUGUGCACGAAGAAAAUAGAUAUAAAAAGUAAUUUAUAUUUGUUA